UGGAAACUGAAAGUGGGGCAUAUGCUGACAAGUUAAACAGACUGAAAAUGGAAGAUGGCGAUACUGUAAAUAGAUCAGGGAAGGUUCUCAGUAAAUUGAAUUGUGAUAGGGGUGCUGGUUUGGGUCCAUCUGCUUCAGUCUUUCAUGCGCUAGAAUCCCCUUCUUCAGAUAUAUCUCAACCUGGAAAGAUGAAGUUCCUUUGCAGUUCUGGGGGUAAGAUUUUGCCAAGGCCCAGUGAUGGAAAGCUAAGAUAUGUGGGAGGAGAGACCCGCAUUAUUUCCAUUUCUAAGAAUCUUACAUGGUAUGAACUUGUCAAGAAAACUAAAGGUAUUUGCAACCAACCUCACUCCAUCAAGUAUCAGCUUCCAGGUGAGGAUCUUGAUGCUCUUAUAUCUGUGUCUUCUGAUGAAGAUCUUCAAAAUAUGAUAGAGGAAUACCAUGGACUUGAAAAGCUAGAGGGUUCUCAAAGGCUUCGAAUAUUUUUGAUUCCUCUGGGUGAAUCUGAAAAGUCAUCUUCUUUUGAUGGAGCUGCCAUCCAGCAGGACAGCCCCAACUACCACUAUGUUCUUGCUGUAAAUGGCGUAUUAGAUCCUAGUCCUAGGGAAAACUCCAGUGGGCAGGGUUCAGCGAGUGAAGCAAGUCAACCUGGAAAUAUUUCAGAUCACCAUCCAAGCUUUCGUAAACAUUCUCCAUCUCCUCUUUUUCCUUUGGAGGCUAAAGCAGGUUUUAAUGCAUUUCAUCCUCCUAGAUUUUCCAAUGAAUUCCACUAUAUGACCAAACCUCCCUAUCGGUCUCCUCCUAUUUCUCCAAUUCCUAUACAGCACCGAGACUCUAGGAAUUCUCACGUAAAAUCUAAUGGUGCUAACUCCAGUGUUGAGAGCUGUAGUUCCUUCAUUACUGCUCAGCUGCCACCUGAUAACUGCAGCACAUCUACUGUUUGCAAACAACCCACUCAAGGGCUGGUAGCUUUGAUGAAUCAUUGCAAAAAUGUUGAUAAUCUUCAGGCAGACCAACCACAUGGAGUGCAAUCCCACAGCCAUAAUCUUGGCACAGAACAUCUGACCCCUUCAGUUUUUCAUCAGAGUGAAGUCAAUUUUGAUGGUUUCUCUGGGGGGAGGCCUAUGCACAAGGAAAGGGCAAUCCACUCUGAGAAGCCUUUCUUGGGCCCAGAUGAUCCUUUGGGUCUGUUGUCAGCGUCUGUAGACUCCAUUGAUUCUCAUCAUGGAAUGCCACAUGCCUUUUCAGAUUCAAAGCUACAAGAGCAUGGGAUGCGGUCUGCUUACUGUUCACAAGAGGGGAUGAGCCCAUCAUCUCCGUUGAACUUUUCCAAGACACAAUUAUCUUCAAUGGUCUCAAGUUCUUCACAAGAAAAGCCUGAGCAGCUGCACAAGAAUUUUAAUUUUGUCAAUCCUUCCCUACAAAGAAGGAAUGAACCCAUUCAGAAAGCUACUACCAUUGCUGAUGAUCAAUGCCAAAUUCCAAAGGGUCGCGUGGAAUUGAAUUCAGAAAUGAUGAAUGCAGUUGAAAAAAUUAAUCCAUUUUGUUACCAAGCUGAAAGACCUUGUGACAAGAAAUUAUCAGUCGCAGGUAUGAAAUACAAGAACAAAUCACCUCAUGUCAACUGUAACUCAAGAUCUGAAAUUGAUGUAUUGGGACACAAUAUGAACAUCUCUGAGGAUGGGCUCUCUGCAUCCUCAGCCAUUGAUUUCAAACCUUCUGUAGACAACUUCUUGGAGCACUCCCAGAACUAUCAAACCCCUUCUGAUCUCCUAUUGAUGGACCAGAGGACUGCAAGCGACCAAAACAGCAGUUUGCAUGGAAAAGUGAAUGGUGAACAAGGAAGCAACAUCCCAAGGAACAGCAUUCCAGAAGUUGAGGAGUUAUUUAAAAAUGGCAAGAUGCACCCUCGUGGUGAAAGUUGUUUGGUUGAUCUUACCUCUGGAUCAUCUAAAGAUUCAUUUUCCCAUGAAUCAGCACCAGUUCAACCCCUUGAAAGUCAAAAUGGUAAGGAUAACAAAGAUUCCUUGCUCAUAAGCUCUACAAAAUCAUACCAAUCUGUUGUUCAUGAUGACUCUGGUGCAAAUACAACCUUGCAUGUGAAUGAAAUUCAUGCUGCAGCAGUUAAUUGCACUAACGAUGCUUCAUAUGAGAGAGAGGUUUCUCACCUUGUCGAGGACCAUGGAAGUUACCCUGAUCAGAAGGCUGAGAAGUUGGGUCUUGGUGGAUCUGCUUAUGAGAAGUCAAAUGUUGGGAAUAUUAUGUCAGCACAAACAAAAACAUCAAGUAAAAAUAAAGAUCAAAAUAAGCUGGAGCCAUUAUUUACUGUGGAAUCUUUGACUGGUAAUGUGCCUUGUACCAUUCAAUCUUCUGGUGCAGUUGUCCCACACGAUGCUGACUCAGUCAACAGUGAUUUUGGUUCUUCUUCGGCAGUUGGGGUAGAAAGCAUUAUGCCACAUCUUUCUAUGCCCGUUACUGAUCCAACCAGCAGUGACCUUAUGCCUCCUAAAGCAACAGAUUCAGAGAGUAUCAUCCCACAUGUUCGCGCAUAUGUUGCUGAUCCAACCAGCUCUGAUUUUAUAUCUCCUUCUGCUACAAUAUCUGAAAGUAUCAUGCCAGAAACUGAGUUUGAGGACAUAAAGGAUGAUAGUGGAGAUAAGGAUAAAUCUAUUACGGAUGCAGUGAUAGCUGAAAUGGAAGCUAGCAUCUAUGGCUUGCAGAUUAUAAAGAAUGCUGAUCUUGAAGAACUAAGAGAGUUAGGAUCUGGCACAUAUGGCACCGUCUACCAUGGAAAAUGGCGUGGAACAGAUGUUGCCAUAAAAAGAAUUAAAAAGAGCUGCUUUUCGGGGAGGUCAUCAGAGCAAGAACGUUUGACAAAAGACUUUUGGAGAGAAGCACAGAUCCUCUCAAAUCUUCAUCAUCCAAAUGUGGUUGCAUUUUAUGGGGUAGUUCCAGAUGGGGCUGGAGGAACCUUAGCCACUGUGACUGAAUAUAUGGUCAAUGGAUCACUUAGGCAUGUCCUACUUAAGAAGGAUAGAUCACUUGAUCGCCAGAAACUUAUAAUUGCAAUGGAUGCAGCUUUUGGGAUGGAAUACUUGCACUCGAAAAAUAUAGUCCACUUUGAUCUGAAAUGUGACAAUUUGCUUGUCAAUUUAAGGGAUCCACAAAGACCCAUCUGCAAGGUUGGAGAUUUUGGUCUAUCAAGAAUCAAACGGAAUACUCUUGUAUCUGGUGGCGUGCGAGGUACCCUUCCAUGGAUGGCACCAGAAUUGUUGAAUGGGAGCAGCAGUCGGGUUUCUGAGAAGGUUGAUGUUUUCUCAUUUGGCAUUUCUCUAUGGGAGAUCUUGACUGGGGAGGAACCUUAUGCAGAUAUGCAUUGUGGUGCUAUCAUCGGUGGCAUUGUUAAAAACACUCUUCGGCCUCCUAUUCCGGAAUGUUGUGAUCCUGAGUGGAGGACGCUGAUGGAACAGUGCUGGUCACCUGACCCUGAAUCUCGACCAUCAUUUACAGAGAUAACAAAUAGGCUUCGAGCUAUGUCUUUCGCGCUUCAGACAAAGGGACAUAAUAAUAUUCAGGCAAGACAGGUGAAGGCAAAAUUCCUCUCAUGAAUCAGCAGCAUAUAUGUAACCUGUUUCUAUCUUCAAGCACCAGAAUUGGCUAGUAUCUUGUAUAGGAGCCCUUGGCAUAGAAGAUGAGGCCUUUGAGGGUGAGCAUGGAUGGAGUUUAUAUUAUCCUGUUAAUUGUGUUUUCUCACCUUCGAUAAUGAAAUAUCUUCAUUUGUUUAUUCUUUUGUAUAAAAAAAAAAGGUAAAAGAUAAACAGAGCAUUAGGAUUCUCUGACCAGUAUGUUUUUUUGGCUAGAAAACUCACAGGGUUAUGUGUGUAUACACUCAUAAGAGGGGAAAGAUAAAUCGAAAUGUGCUUAUGGCUCAUCUGUUUCACA